UUUAACGAACCUACACCCAGUUACACAGUCUACAAGGCAGUUGACGAGCUACAUGCCUAUGAACCAAAACAGUACAUUCAGUAAACUAAAAAGAGACCAGAAACAACUCAUAUACACCAAAUUAAUUUUUAAUCACAGAGAAUUUGUCACAUUGUUACAAUUACAUUUACACCCGUAGUCGCCAUGAGUUCGUCCCGCAAAACCGUCGCAAUGUCUGGGCGAAAUAAGAGAGAAACUGAGAAUUCACGUGUCAACAUCAAUGUGGUGCAGCUGGAAGGCUUGGCGUUGAUGAAAAUCAUCAAGCAUUGCCAUGAAGAAGGCGCCGGCAACACAGACGUGGCUCAGGGUGUCCUGCUUGGCCUGGUCGUGGAUGAGAGGCUCGAGAUCACAAACUGCUUCCCCUUCCCACGCCAUGCUGAUGAUGUAGAUGAAGAGGAUUAUCAGCUGGAAAUGAUGAGGCAUCUGCGCAAAGUCAACGUAGACCACCUUAGCGUGGGCUGGUACCAGAGCACACAGCUUGGUAACUUCAUCACCACACAGCUCCUUGAGUCUCAGUUUUCCUACCAGACAAGCAUUGAAGAAUCAGUCGUUCUCAUCUAUGACCCUAUCAAGACUGCCAGGGGCUUCCUCUCCAUCAAGGCAUACCGUCUGACCCCAGAGGCCAUUAACACUGUGCAGGAGCGUGAUUACACCCCUGAGGCCCUGAAGAAGGGAAGACUAGGCUAUGAGAAUCUCUUCCAGGAGAUCCGAUUAGUCAUAAAGAACUCUCAUCUUGUCAACACACUCAUGUGUGAAUUGUAUGAG